GAGUCUAUCUAUCUUUUACCAUCACAGACGGUGGUCUUCGCGUCUCGUUAGGAAUGUCUAGAAACAAAAGGCACCGAACCACUGAACUCGUGUUCGGCGCGCCCUCAGAAGCGGACAACCCUUCUGCUCAGCUCAACUAUCCAUCAUCGGCCGCCUCUUCUACGCGCGUGCUUCCCGUAAACACUGUGCCCAGCUUUGUCACACUAUGCGCAAGAGUUUUCGCAGCCAAAUUCGUUCAGCUUCAUAACAAUGAAACCAUCUGGAAACAAACUUCCCAGUAUUUGAAACUCGUCCCAGAGGAACUGAAAGGCAGGAUCUUUGGGAUGCUGAGUGCUGCGUGGCCGACAUAUUUAUCUCAUGAAAUUAUUGUUACUGUGCGAUGAGCCUUCCUUGAAAGCUCCCUCAUGUACUCUUCACUCACAGUGUAUCUAGUAUUUCUUGAAUGGAUCGUCUGUUACUUUGUCAAACAACCUUCCCGGGGUCAAUAGGAAUACUAUCUCUUCUAUCAAGAGGUUCGGUGCAAAUCUGCGGGAACUCCGUAUAACGGGAUUUGAGAAGAUUGCGGAUGAGGUCUUUGCGUCCGUCCUUCUAACUGCGCCUCAGCUGAAGGUGCUCGUUCUCCGUGGGUGCUCUAAAGUG